CCGGGGCACGCAGCGACCUCUUCCACGCCCGCCGGGUCCACACGAGCCCCGGCCGGCGCUCCUGUGUCCCCUGCCGGAAGCCGCGAUCCCGCGCGCCGCGCGCCAUGGAAGCCGCUAACCUCUCGGUGGCCUCCACGGCCGUCGCCCUUCCCCUGGGAUCCGAGGCCUGCAGCAUCGGCCCGAGCCCCGGCGGGGUCGUCGGGUCACCAGGCGGUGCCGCCUUGCCGGGCCGCGAGCCGCCUUUCUCCGUCUUUACGGUGCUGGUGGUGACGCUGCUGGUGCUGCUGAUCGCGGCCACUUUCCUGUGGAACCUGCUGGUUCUGGUUACCAUCCUGCGCGUCCGCGCCUUCCAUCGUGUGCCGCAUAACUUGGUGGCCUCGACGGCCGUGUCGGACGUGCUCGUGGCUGUGCUGGUGAUGCCCCUGAGCCUGGUGAGCGAGCUGUCGGCCGGGCGACGUUGGCGGCUGGGCCGGAGCCUGUGCCACGUGUGGAUCUCCUUCGACGUGCUGUGCUGCACCGCCAGCAUCUGGAACGUGGCGGCCAUCGCCCUGGACCGCUACUGGACCAUCACGCGCCACCUGCAGUACACGCUGCGCACCCGCCGCCGCGCCUCGGCGCUCAUGAUCGCGCUCACCUGGGCGCUCUCGGCGCUCAUCGCGCUGGCGCCGCUGCUCUUCGGCUGGGGCGAGGCGUACGACGCGCGGCGCCAGCGCUGCCAGGUGAGCCAGGAACCCUCCUACGCCGUCUUCUCCACCUGCGGCGCCUUCUACCUGCCGCUGGGCGUGGUGCUGUUCGUUUACUGGAAGAUCUACAAGGCGGCGAAGUUCCGCUUCGGCCGCCGCCGCCGGGCGGUGCUGCCGCUGCCCGCCACCGUGCAGGUGAAGGAGGCCCCUCAGGAGGCUGAGAUGGUGUUCACGGCGCGUCGGCCGGUAGUGGCCUUUCAGAUGAGCGGGGACUCGUGGCGGGAGCAGAAGGAGAAGCGGGCGGCCGUGAUGGUGGGCAUCCUCAUUGGCGUGUUUGUGCUGUGCUGGAUCCCCUUCUUCCUGGCGGAGCUCAUCAGCCCCCUCUGUGCCUGCAGCCUGCCCCCCAUCUGGAAGAGCAUCUUCUUGUGGCUUGGCUACUCCAAUUCUUUCUUUAACCCGCUGAUUUACACAGCAUUCAACAAGAACUACAACAACGCCUUCAGGAGCCUCUUCAGCAAGCAGAGAUAAACCCGGGGCUUGGAGAGACACGCAGGUCGGGGUGUGGGCAGGGAACUGGUAUUUCUCCCCGCCCCAGGCAUCUGGGAGCCUUGCCCCACCGCAGAGGGGGCUGAUGACGGGGAAGCCGCGCUAUGGGGCCUGGCCUGUAGGAGCCGCAGUGCCAAAGGCUCCCCGGGAAAGACCGCGCAUGCGCGGCAAGCGUGCAUUCGCUCGUGGCCCGUUUCUGCGCCGAGCAGGACCUCUGCCUCAGGAUCCGUUUCAGACCGCGCUCUGGCUACUGGUCGGAAUGGACACGACAGUCGAAGAUGACUUGCCUUUCCUUUAUUUAAUACCCUAUUCCUCCGAGGGGAUCCGUCAGCACAGAGCCCCAGUGGCCUGUUUUGGGGCCCACUCCUUUGUGAAAUAGCCCCCAUCCCGUAUCCACCUGAUUCAACUUACCUUCCCCAGUGUCCAAGGUGGUGUAUCCCAAUUUGGGAGAUGGGAAUCAUGCGA